UAUUUUCGAAAGCACUAAUCGUUGGACAAGCAUUUUGCAAUUAAAAUAUUGUAGUUUUUGUUUGCUGAGGAGAGUAGUAACGUUGAGGCUCAUCUUCCGUGUGGUGUGGUGCUCUAGAAUUUGUGGUAGAAAUAUGGCUAAACUGACGGACGUGUACCGAGCAGAGGAUGUAAUCGACGUGGGAUACAGGCAAAUACCGGUGGUUGCAGGCUCCGGCGAUGAUUCUUCAUUAAUGAUGUUAAUGGACUUAAGUAGNAAAGGGCUUUGUAUAGAUAGUCCACAAAUACGUGGAAGAGAGCUUGAAAUAUUUACACGCAAGUACAAACUCUUAUCACCGGAGGAACUGAGACAAUCGCUUGAAAUAGACAGUGUCACUUUCGUCUCCCUACUUAAUCAGUGUGUGCCAUGUGUGGGCUGUCGUCGCCGGGUUGAACGUUUAUUCUAUCAACUAACGCUGUCAGGCCAUCCAACUCUAGAUCCAUUGGUAUUAAAGGACACUUGUGUUCUUACUAUUCGCGAAGAACGUAUGUGGGCUCCUCAAGCUUUGGGCACGUUACUCUAUCGCCAUCAUGAGGUACUCAGUAAUCUACUGGAUAAUAAACUGCGAAACAAAACCCGAUGUGUGUUACAUUCGUUGGAUGCAUUUCGCACGAGACCAUUUUCGGAAGUUUGGCGGGAAGUAUGGUUCUCAAUGAAGUAUAAUUGUCGCGACGAAUUGGCUACGAUCGAAACUAAAGAACUGCACGAAGUACUCGAGAACUAUUUGAAAAAACAUAAGUUUUGCCAGGGUUGUCGAAAUAAGAUCGAAAAGGCAUACCAAAUACUCGUAAACGAAACGACUUGCAAAGAAGGAUUCGAUGCGGCUUUAUAUGCAAGCAUUAAAAGGCCGCAAACCGAAAAGCAUAUUCAAAUUCUUACGAAAAAGGUUGACUUCCUCGACGCUCUGAUAAGGCGCGCCGAGCCAGAAGUUAACGGCAGUUAUUCAAAGCAGCGCGAGCGUCACGCUAAAACUCUUGAAAUCGCGCAGGAGGAAGUACUAACCUGCGUCGGUAUGAUAAUGUAUGAGCGACUGCGUCGUAUUUAUGUCAGUCUACGGGAAGAGGAGCGAGCAUGUCAGGUGUUGGCGGCUGUCGGUGUGCAUGCGCUGAGCCGAAGCUUUGAUAUGGCUGUUGAACGUAAACAAGGUAUUAGCAACUUGGAAUUACUCUAUCAGGAGAUAAGUCGCGCUGAAAAAGCAAAGGAACUAAGACGUGAACAAAAGAAACUGAAAAAGAAGUUAAAGAAGAUGGAGAAAAAGGAAAAGUUGUGUCGAAAAUAUGGCAUAGCCAAUGAUAGUGCCGAUUCUGAUACAGCAGAGGCAGAUGAGGAGGAAGAGGACGAACAAGAAGAAGAUGUCGGUCUGGAAAUGGUAGACGAAGCGGUCGAUUUAUCAGAGGAGCUAGACGAAGAGUUAAAUAAAUUGGUGGUUAUAAUGGAUGAUAAUCUACGUGCUGAAACGAACGAAGAAUCGAUGUCAACAGACAAACGCCAUCUUUCAACUGUUGUGGAGUCUAAGUCUGCAGCCCAAAAGAAACGCAAGCAAAAGAAACAAAAAAAGCACAAACAGACUCAGCAAAAUGCAAGUGGCAGCAAAAAGAAACCACUUUCACAGGAGCAACAUCAACGGGUGCCUACAGUAGAAGAAUCGCCGUCGGCAAUGUGUAAUGCCUAUGACAGUUGUUGUGUCAUUGAUGGAGAGGCUGCAGCUGCCAAAUGUGAUGUUUGUUUAACACCACAGGAUCAUUGUCCAUGCGAAAAUGAUGUUCGCGAUUCUGGUUAUGGUAGUGAGCUAUUAACACCAGAUAAUUCACCCAUCACUAGUGCAGCCACUACACCAGAAGGCUCAGAAGUAUCGUGUUCUGAUGGUUUCUGUAACCAUGAAAAUGGACAAGAUGUUGGGCUAGACGAUGAACAUAACAACAGCAUGUACGAUAUAGGCAGUGGCUAUAUGUGGCGAGACAGCCUACUAAACCAGAAGUAUGGUGACACGAACUGGCUGAGCUUGCAGCAAAUGUUGGAUAAUGUCGACGAGUACGAUGAUGAUGAAGAAAACGGUUACAUUCCACAGGAAGUGGUUCUGGAGUAUCAAUGCCAGCGCGAAAAGGUGGAGCAGCAACGUCUAAAAUUGCGCGAAACUUUAAGGCAGAAUUUUGCGCGCUUGUGUAAGCAGCAUAAAAGUGGCAAAUUGCCUGGCAGCAACACUGCCAAAUGCAGCUCAUCAGGACCAGCUUGCAUGUAAAUGCUGCAAAAGUGAUUACACGCUGAGCAUAAAGCAGUCUGAUAACUGCAUAGCAGUCCUUAAUAAUGCAUAAUGUGUUGCAAAUCAAGAAUGCUUAAGUACAUUUUUGAAUAAUUAUUAUUGUUUCUGCAAAUAUAUAUUGAAAUUAUUUAAAACUAUA